AUGUCGACAACCGCGAUGACCCCGCCCUCAACCGCGCCCUCCUUCAAUUCAAUCUCCUACGAAAACGCCAAGCGUGAUCCCCUCCCAAAAUUACAGACCGACUGCUCCUCGUCGAGUACAAGUCACACAUCGUCGCCCGAAUCCCGCCCAGUAGAUCUGCAAAGCCCCAUUCCCGAGGAGGAAGAGGACGAGACCAGCAGUGAGACGGCCAACGAACCUGUUACACCUACAGACGGGCAUCAACCUCACAUGUUUCAAGAUAGGAUAAACGGAGCCACCAAGCACGACCAAGACUCCCCUCAUACGCUACGUCUGAUGGGAGAAGCCCCUCCUUUAAUACUCAACACCCAAGCCACCCCCCCGCCUUCCGUGCCUUCGAAGAAGGGGAAUACCUCCCCAGCCGAGCCCCAAACACCUAAAACUCCCAUUCAAAGGAGACCGACUUCGUCCUCCAAAGACUCCCAUAUAAAACGUGCAAUGUCGGGGUUAUUUAGAAGAUCGAACUCGCAUGGUGCCCAUCUAGAAGUGAGACCGCUCUCCAGCUUGGAUGGAAACGUGGUAGCGAAUAGCUCGGAUCCCGUGUUCGGGCGGGAACAGCAUCGUCUGUCAAUAAGGCGGAUGUCAGCGGCUAAUUCAGUGUCCAAUUCGCCAUCCACCACUUUAUCAAAUACACCACAGUCACCGGGGUCACCGGUGGAGACCGAGCAGCCGAAAUCUCGAGCACAACUACUCCAGGUCCAAGAGCCUUCCAAGGACGAAUUUUUCAGCGGCCGAAAAAAGAACCGCGCAUCAACAGGCUUCAGUCUUCGGGAUAGACUGUCGAGGCACAAGAUUUCCUCCAGUGACAAAGAUGGGAAACGUGAUCAUGAACGCCAUCGCGCGACGAGCGUUGAUCUUGAUAGCCCUAGUCACCACCCACAUCGUUUGCGUCACCAAGACCAACGUAAUGACUCCAACGCCAAACUCCCCGAGAGGGCUGUCUGGGCGCUCCCCGCAGAGACUGGUAUUGGCCUGAAAUCGCGCCGCAUGAGUUUAAGUCUCCCCGACGAUUUUACAGUUGACGUAGCAGAGCUAUACUCUGAGUACACGGAUCAAAGUAAAUUGGUGGGUCGACGUGGGAAGAGUAUUGGUAAAGGCGCCACGUCGAAAGUUAAGCUUAUGUACCGAAGAGGUACUCCUGGCGAGGUAUAUGCUGUUAAGGAAUUCCGUGGCAAAUCAUCGAAUGAGAAGGCGGAAGAUUACGAACAAAAAGUGAAAUCUGAAUACUCAAUCGCUAAAAGCGUACAUCACCCGAAUAUCGUGGAAUCAUUCCGCUUGUGUACGCACAAUGGCCGCUGGAAUCACGUUAUGGAGUACUGCGAGCACGGGGAUUUGUUUAAUAUCGUCUCUCAGAAAUACCUUUCAAGGGACGAACGGCUGAAUGACCGUCUUUGUCUGUUCAAGCAGUUAUUGCAGGGGAUUCAUUAUCUUCACGGCAAUGGCAUCGCUCAUCGCGAUGUUAAGUUGGAGAAUCUCCUCGUUACGAAGGACAGCAAACUGAAAAUCACCGACUUCGGCGUCUCAGAAGUUUUUGCCGGCAUCCACCCUGGGCUUAGGGCUGCUGGGGGACAAUGUGGAAAAGAUAUGGGAGAAAUCCGACUCUGUGCCCCGGGCAUGUGUGGCAGCCCUCCAUACGUUGCCCCUGAGGUCUUGGGAAAGAAGGGCGAGUACGAUCCGCGUCCUCUAGACGUCUGGGGUGCUGCUAUCGUCAUGCUCACCAUGACCUCCAAUGGUUGCCUAUGGAGCGAAGCCAAACCUGGUAGCUCGCCAUUGUAUGACGACCUAGUCCGGGGCUGGAACAAAUGGAACGAUAAACACGCAGAUGAGGUUGAUCCUGUCAUCACGGAGACUGAUUACCCUCAUGUGGCUUUCUUUGAUCAGAUGAUCAAUCCUCCGGCGUUGCGGCGUAUCCUGCUUACCAUGCUCAACCCGGACCCAUCAAAGCGAGCCACCAUAGCAUCAAUAGCAAAGAACCGCUGGGUGAAGAACAUCGAAUGCUGUCAAAUCGACAGCUACGACGAUCCCACCACCAUGAUCGAUGCCUCAGUUAGCUCCUGUACGAAAAACAUGAACAAGGUGGUAUGGCACAACCAUCUUCCUCCUAGCACCCGUCUGGGCCACAAACUCGUCCGUCUUCCGGGCGCUAAUGACAUGUAA